AGAUGCAAAUGAGUCAGAGGCAGAGAGAGGGAGAGGACUGAGUUGCCACGGCUCAGCGAGCCACUUCACUUUGGGGUGAAAGGGCCAUGCCAGAGAAGUGAUGGACCAAGUGGCGCUGGACAUCUGUACUCGGGACCCCCAGGAGGACUUUGAAAUCUUGUUGCGUGUUGGAGGAGGGACCUAUGGAGAAGUUUAUAAGGCUCGGAACAAACAGACCAGUGAUCUGGCAGCCAUUAAGGUGAUCAAGAUGGAGCCAGAUGAUGACUUCUCAGUGAUCCAGCAGGAGAUCAUCAUGGUGAGGAGCUGCACCCACCAUAACAUCGUUGCCUACUUUGGCAGCUACAUAAGGUUAAAUAAGCUCUGGAUAUGCAUGGAGUUUUGCGGCGGUGGCUCCUUGCAGGACAUAUACCACGCUACAGGACCGCUUUCGGAGCAGCAGAUUGCCUAUGUUAGCCGGGAGAUGCUGCAGGGUCUGGAGUAUCUCCACAGUCAGGGGAAGAUCCACAGGGACAUCAAGGGGGCCAAUAUCCUGAUCAACGAUGCUGGACAAGUUAAGCUUGCUGACUUUGGCAUCUCUGCACAGAUCACUGCCACUUUGGCACGCCGCAUGUCCUUCAUUGGCACACCAUACUGGAUGGCACCUGAGGUGGCAGCAGUCGAAAUUAAGGGAGGAUAUAAUGAGCUUUGUGAUAUAUGGUCUGUGGGGAUCACCGCCAUUGAGCUGGCAGAAUUGCAACCGCCCAUGUUUGACAUUCACCCACUCAGAGUCCUGUUCCUUAUGUCCAAAAGUGGCUAUCAACCUCCCAAAUUGAAGGACAAAUCCAAAUGGUCCUCCACAUUUCACAACUUCAUUAAAAUGUUGCUGAUAAGGAACCCAAAAAAGAGACCUUCAGCUGCAAAGAUGUUGACGCAUCAGUUUGUCAAUCAGGCCAAUCUGAGUGAACAUCUAACACUGGAACUAUUGGAUAAGCUGAGAAAUCCAGACAAGAUGCCCCGAUAUCCUGAGGGAGAGGAGGAAGACAUGGAGCUUCCACCUGGCAUCUUGAGAAGAAUCCACUCGACCAACCGGCACAACAAAGCAGAGCGCACCAACUCAGGCAUGAUCUUGAAGCAACUUCAGGUGAAACAGACACACAAAAUCCAGCCUGGGCUCCCCUUGCAGCAGCACUUGUGUGAAGACUUCAGACGCAGCACUCCAAAGAGCAGUUCUGAGUCUGUCAGCAGCAGGAGCACCAUCACAGACUCAGAUGAAGAUGACGAUGGUGAUUAUGAUGAUGUAGACAUCAGUACGCUUCAUGCUGGGGAUAUCCCACCUCCUUUGCCUCCCAAGCCUAAGUUUCGCAGCAGUUCAGAGGAGAGUGUCAUUGUGGAUGAUGACCGAGUAUCCAGUCAAGGCUCCAUCUACAGCCCCUCUCCCUUGACACGCUGUUCCAGUGGUCCUCGAGCCCGGCCAGUUCCUCGACCCCGUGCUGUCAGGAAUGUCAGCUCAGAUCCUACCCAUAGACCUGUUCGCUCCAGUGACUGCUCCACCAGCUCUCCACCCCCGCAACUACCACCCAAAAAGGACAGAAGACUCCGGCAGUCACACAAGCUACAGCCACAGAAGGCAGCGGAGGAUGAGAAUGCCAAAUUGUCCAGACCAAAGAUCUUCUUCAAAAAGGUGUUUAAUGGCUGUCCGCUCAAGAUCCACUGUUCUACUACUUGGACACACUUAGUCACGAAAGAUCUCCACUUGAUAUUUGGCACAGAAGAGGGUAUCUUCACUUUGAACCUCAGUGACCAGGAAGCCACACUUGAGCUGCUCUAUGCAGGAAGGUGCACCUGGGUGUACACUAUCAGCAAUGUCUUGAUGUCCAUAUCAGGAAAAGCAUCACAGCUGCAUUCCCAUUCCCUCAAGGAGUUGUAUGACCAGGCAAAGAAGGAACACCGAAUGGUGGUACUGCCUACCCACAGACUGCUACCUAGAAAAUUCUCUGUAACAAACAAGAUUCCUGACACGAAAGGCUGCAGAGCUUGCACAGUGGCCCAAAAUGAACAGCGGAGGUGCAGCUUCUUGUGCGGGGCACUGGAGUCCAGUGUGGUCCUCUUGCAGUGGUAUGAGCCCAUGCAGAAGUUCAUGCUGAUCAAGCACUUCGACUUCCCCCUUCCCAACCCUAUGCGAGUGUUUGAGAUGCUCAUCGACCCCGAGCAAGAGUACCCCGUGGUGUGCAUCGGUGUGACCAAAGAGUGUGGGCCGCAGCAAGCGGUGCGCUUUGAGACCAUCAACUUGAACUCUUCGUCCUCCUGGUUUACUGAACUUACCCCAGGUUUCCGCACUCCUGACUCAGUUCAGGUGUCCCAACUGGACAGUAGUACACUUCUGGUCCUCAUUCAGAAAAGUGUGAAGGUGGUUGACCUUCAUGGGACACUGAAGAGCCAAAUGAUGCCAAAUCCUGAGAUUUUCUAUCCUUUUGCUGUGGAGUCUGUUGUCUACUUUGACGAUACCAUCCUGGCCUUCUGGAAACAUGGAUGGCAGCGGAGAGACCUACAGUUCCAAGUGAAGCUGGAAGAAUGUACAGACACAAGCAAGACAUUCCGACUGGUUGGGACAGACAGGAUGGUGGUGAUGGAAAUACGCUCCUCAGAUGACCAGACAGCCACCAGUAAUCUGUAUAUCUUGGAGGUUGCAGAAAAAGUAAUCCCCUUGGUGUAAAGGAAAAGACACAUAUUGUGAGUUUACAGACUAAAUGUCUGACAGACAGUCUUAAGAAAGAUUCCCCAAGACAGAUGCUGUAACCCACCUUCAACGUGAGCUCACAUACA